CAGUCCCGCGCGGCUGUGACGCCUAAGAUUGCCCUUAUUCCUGAUCCAGCCUGUUAACCUUUCUACAGGCGAGGGCAUUCAUAAACUGCGUGCCAUCCAUUCCUUUCGCCUGCCGUCAUUCCUUCCCAAAUUACAGAUCUUACCUGACUCACGUUGCCUGUGUGGCUCAAGAGAGAUCAGACUUGGUAGCACAUUCUUUCUAAUAACCACGCAAGGUGCUUGAAUUCUAUCCUUUGAAGAAACCUAAAUCAAUACAUGCGAGCACACCCUUUGGUGCCAGUCAACUUUCUUCUACCAAGCCUCGAUCACCCCGAUUGCUCAAACUCCACCCUUAGCCGUACUCACAAAACAAUUAACCGUACUACUCAUAAGUCCUUUCAGCUUCAACUGAGCGGAUAUUAAGAAAGAUAAACCACCAACAUUCCUUAUCAGAGCUCCAUAAGUUCCCUAAAGCAAAACCAAAGAACGGUCAAUCUCGAGCCCACGCAAGAUGAAGUCUUCGACCAUCACUCUUGCUGUCACCCUCGUGCUCUCAUCCUCAUCAUCUAUUUCGGGUAUGCCGUACUACCUUGACUCACUACCCGAUGUCUCACUGUCGGCGCGAGCCCCUGCCUACUUGAUCAAGCGGUCUUUAUUUGACGGUGAAUCACCAGACCACUAUAACGCACUUCUCAAACGAGAAAACGAGAAGAAAAAGUCGAGCUAUUCCUCCUCUAAAAAUGAUCAAACGGGGGAUAAUGGUGACGAAGAAGAAGAAGAUGAUGAUGAUGAUGACUGCGACGACUCAUCAGAUGAUGAAGUCCAAGACCCCACCAAUCAGUACUACAAGAUUGGCAGAAACGCUACGGGCGCUCGUGCACCAAGCUCCUCGUCCCCAUCAAAUUCAUAUAAAUCACCUUCUGGACACCCAUCGGCUCUCGUCAAUCCCACGGCGGAAAAGAAGCCGAGCAAUACCAAAUUCGAGAUUUCGAAGCAAUCGUCCAAACCAUCAGUCGCUCCAUUGAAGGCAGAGAAACAUGUGUCGCACAAAGAGUCCUCAUCUUCACAAAGCUAUAGCUUUUCUUCCAGCCACGUGCAUUAUGGCGGAAGUGGGGGCGAAACUGAGGGAUCGGGAAGUAGUUAUCAUGGAAAAGCUACUUUCUAUUCCCAAGACGGCAACCCCGGCGCAUGCGGUCAAACCCACCAAGACACCGAUUUCAUUGUGGCCAUUCAGAGCCAGAUGUACGGCGGCGGGAAAUUUUGUGGUAAAACUGUUAUUGUUACACGAAAAUCGACUGGUCAAAGUAUUAAAUGUAUUGCCGCUGAUGAAUGUCCAGGAUGCCCCACCGGCCAGAGUUUGGACCUAUCACAGGCAGCCUUCAAUGCACUCGGCCAACCACAGGAAGGUGUUUUUGAGAUUGAAUGGAAACUCGCGGAAGACAAUUAAGCUCAGGCACCAAGCAGUCACAUGUUGACAAAAAUCAGCAGUUCCCUAUCGGGCUGGGUAUCAGCACAAUGAAUUAUGUUGACGAUAUCAUCAGUCUCUAUUCUUAUAUCUUCCAUUCAUUUUUUCACGAUCUUCAUUCCUGAUACACGAUUCAACUGUUUCUACCAAUAUUUCAUCAUCAUUGUAGGACCAAAUUCCUUAUUUCAUCAUUACUUCGCGAGGCCCUUGUUGAUCAAUUUGGGCCAUCUCAUGGUUGAUGUUGUUGCGAGACGACGCAUGGUUGAUACCAAACUUUUCUGUGUGACUCCAAAUGUCAUUAGAUUGAAGUGUUGAUGCACCCUUAUGUAAUGUGCCAUGUCUUGAAUCCAUUCAGAGCAUGCGACCCUUCCAGAUUCCUUUCAGUAAUUGGCCAUCAACAAUUCAAAAUAUUCCAAGAUUUGUUUUUGGUUUGGUCAAAUUGCAGAUGGCCACUCAGAUCAAGCUUUCUUAGUUUGAGAAUUGGGG